GGCCCGGCCAGGGCGCAGCAAGUUAGGCUGAGCCGCGGGUAUAUAGCCGGGCGGCGAGCACGCGUGUGUGCGGCCGUAUUUGCGCGAGGGGUCCCUGUCAUCGUCGUCCUCCGGAGCAGCGCCCGGUCCUCUCCCGCUCAUCCGCGCAGGUUGAACUGACCAAAGCAAUGGUUAUGGAGAAGCCUAGUCCCCUGCUGGUCGGGCGGGAAUUUGUGCGACAGUACUACACACUGCUGAACCAGGCCCCGGACAUGCUGCACAGAUUUUAUGGAAAGAACUCUUCCUAUGUCCAUGGGGGCCUGGAUUCAAAUGGAAAGCCAGCAGAUGCGGUCUAUGGACAGAAGGAAAUUCAUCGGAAAGUGAUGUCACAAAACUUCACCAACUGCCACACUAAGAUCCGCCACGUGGACGCUCAUGCCACGCUCAAUGACGGCGUGGUGGUGCAAGUGAUGGGACUGCUGUCCAACAACAAUCAGGCCUUGCGGAGGUUCAUGCAGACCUUCGUCCUCGCUCCUGAGGGCUCAGUGGCCAACAAGUUCUACGUUCACAAUGACAUCUUCAGAUACCAAGAUGAGGUCUUUGGUGGCUUUGUUACGGAGCCCCAGGAGGAAUCUGAGGAGGAAGUAGAAGAACCGGAGGAAAGGCAGCAGACACCGGAGGUGGUACCUGAUGAUUCUGGAACUUUCUAUGAUCAGACUGUCAACAAUGACUUGGAGGAGCACCUGGAGGAGCCUGUUGCUGACCCCGAGCCCGAUCCUGAGCCAGAACCAGAGCAAGAGCCCGUGUCUGAGAUUCAGGAGGAAAGGCCCGAGCCGCCGUUGGAGGAAGCCACCCCGGAGGACGCACAGAAGAGCUCCUCCCCAGCACCAGCCGACACUGCCCAGGCAGCGCAGGAGGACCUACGGACAUUUUCUUGGGCGUCUGUGACUAGUAAGAACCUUCCUCCCAGCGGAGCCGUCCCUGUGACGGGGAUCCCACCCCAUGUCGUUAAAGUGCCACCACAGCCCCGUCCAGAAGCGAAGCCCGAAUCUCAGAUCCCACCACAGAGGCCUCAGCGAGAUCAAAGAGUUCGAGAGCAGCGAAUAAAUAUCCCUCCCCAGAGGGGACCCAGGCCAAUCCGAGAGGCUGGUGAGCAGGGCGACGUGGAGCCUCGCAGGAUCGUGAGGCACCCCGACAGCCACCAGCUGUUCAUUGGGAACCUUCCGCACGAGGUGGACAAGUCAGAGCUGAAGGAUUUCUUCCAAAAUUAUGGGAACGUGGUGGAGCUGCGCAUUAACAGUGGCGGGAAGUUACCCAACUUUGGUUUUGUCGUGUUUGAUGAUUCGGAGCCUGUUCAGAGGGUCCUCAGCAACAAGCCCAUCAUGUUCAGAGGCGCCGUCCGCCUGAAUGUGGAGGAGAAGAAGACUCGAGCCGCCAGGGAAGGGGACCGUCGGGAUAACCGCAUUCGGGGACCUGGAGGCCCCCGAGGUGGGCUGAGUGGUGGAAUGAGAGGCCCUCCCCGCGGAGGCAUGGUGCAGAAACCAGGGUUCGGUGUAGGCAGGGGGAUUGCUCCGAGGCAGUGAAUUGCUCAGCACGGAUCUUCACGCAGCACACAGCCCCAGCUCCUGCAGCAUGGUGAAUUUCUUCAGCCGGCCUUUGGUGUCUUGGAGUAGUCUGUUAUAAACUGCUUGAGUCUGUACAGUUUUCUUUCUCUGUGUUCGAGGUGUGUGUUCCACCCCGUCCCGUCCUCUCCCGACCUUUAGUCCUUCACUUCAGUUUUCUGGACUGAUACUUUAGGAAUAAUAGAUUUUUAAAGAAGAAGAAGAAGAAGAAAGACUAAACUUCCUGCUCUCUUUGCAUAUACAGACUUCCCCAAAGGAGCGAUUCUGGCUUACCACUGACGUUGGGAUAUUUCGUUCAUUGGAAUAUUUCUUAUUUUCUACACGCUCGAAGCCUGUGAGACACAGGAUUUGAUAAACAUUUUGGAAGCAGGAAAAGUCCAAAUUGUUUAAGUUACAACCACCUUCUGAUGUGGAAAAAUUGCCAUUUGGAAGCCCUUGCUGGUGUGGGUAACCGAAUAAAAGGUGUUAAUG